CAGUAUUGUGUGUGUGUUAAUUCCUUUGACUGCCUGAUUAUAAUACAUUCAGAUAAAUCUGGUUUGUUUCAAUGGAUGAGAAAGUGCUUGUGUUCUGCAAGAAUAAAACACGAAAUCACUUUAGCAGCACGAGUACAUUAAAUUAAAGAACUGUUUCCAAAAGUAGUUUUAAUGGAAAGGCAAAACUGGGGCUCUGGCUUCAGAUUUCUAAGGAAAAUCCGUGCGUAAAAAGUGCGCAUAGUGCGCCUCUUUAAUAGCGCAACGGGAAUAAGUAACACAGCUUAAAUAGCUCUACUUUAGCUACAACUUCUCUUAAGUCCAGCAUAAAAUAGACAAAUGUAGAAAAAAACAUCUUGGUGCGUAAGGAUGUCCACUGGUGUGCACCGACUCCAAAUGGGCGCAUUUUACGCACAAAAUAGAAGGCAGCUUUUGGUGAGCAGGCGCAGAGACAGUCCGUGAGUGGAGGACAGGAGGUAGGCCUUCAUCCGUCUUAUAAACGUCGACGCUGUCCACGUCCACAAAAGAAUGGAUCUAAUUAAAUCGCUGCACUCGUCAUCAUCGCCAAAGCUUUGCCAAAAACGUUCUGGUGGAAAGAAGGCAGGGAGAUGCGGGACCACAUGACUCCUCUGAGCUGCGGAGGGAUGGGAGUCAGAUUGGGUUUCUCCUCUCUGAUUGGCUGCCGGGCUGACUUUUGACACGCAGACCGGGGACACCUCCUGCCGUAUAAAUAGGCCUGAUGGGACUUUAUUAUUCUAGCAUCACGGCAGCAGGUUUCUGCUAAGUUUGGAGUUACUCUCGUCACCACAACUGUAUGCCUGCUUGAAGGUGGUUUAAACACAGGGGCUCAGCGGCACAAGGAGUCUGCAUGUCUGUUUAGACAUGCUCAGCUUUGUGGAUACCCGGAUUCUGUUGCUGCUUGCAGUAACUUCAUACCUAGCAUCAUGUCAGUGUAAUGUUUCUGCGCCGCAGGGUCCCCGAGGAGACAAAGGACCUCGAGGUGACAGGGGUUUUCCCGGCCCAAAUGGAAAAGAUGGUAAACCCGGACUCCCCGGCCCCCCUGGCCCCCCUGGCCCCCCUGGACUCGGAGGAAACUUUGCUGCUCAGUAUGAUGGUUCAAAGUCCUCUGAUCCCGGCCCUGGACCCAUGGGUUUGAUGGGACCCAGAGGCCCCCCUGGACCCCCUGGACCCCCUGGACCUCAGGGACACACUGGACACGCCGGUGAGCCUGGAGAGCCCGGUCAGGCUGGCGCUGUUGGACCUCGUGGACCCCCUGGACCUCCUGGCAAGUCUGGAGAAGAUGGUAACAACGGCAGACCUGGAAAACCCGGAGACAGAGGUACCCCCGGCACUCAGGGAGCUCGUGGAUUCCCCGGAACCCCAGGACUUCCAGGAAUGAAAGGACACAGAGGUUACACUGGUCUGGAUGGACGCAAGGGAGAACCUGGUGCUGCUGGUGCCAAAGGAGAGAACGGUGCCCACGGAGCUGCUGGAAGCCCUGGAUUGGCUGGUCAACGUGGUCAGGCUGGUGAGAGAGGUCGCCCCGGCCCUGCUGGUCCCACUGGUGCUCGUGGUGCUGAUGGCAACGUUGGACCCGCCGGCCCAGCUGGUCCUUUGGGUGCUGCUGGUCCCCCAGGCUUCCCCGGCGGUCCUGGACCCAAGGGAGAAAUUGGACCUGCUGGAUCCACUGGCCCAUCUGGACCCCAGGGACCAAGAGGAGAGCCUGGACCCAAUGGUGCCGUUGGCCCAGUUGGCCCCGCUGGCAACCCUGGAGCUAAUGGCCUGAACGGAGCCAAGGGAGCUGCUGGAACCCCUGGUCCUGCUGGAGCUCCUGGCUUCCCUGGACCAAGAGGAGGACCUGGACCCCAGGGACCUCAGGGUGCUGCUGGACCAAGAGGCCUUUCUGGUGAUCCUGGACCCCAGGGAGUCAAGGGAGACACUGGUCCCAAAGGAGAGCCUGGUAAUUCUGGACCUCAAGGACCCCCUGGACAGCAAGGUGAGGAGGGCAAGAGAGGACCCACUGGUGAGAUUGGUGCAUCUGGACCUGCUGGCAGCCGUGGAGCAAGAGGCACUCCUGGAAGCCGUGGCCUGCCUGGCUCUGAUGGACGUACUGGACCCAUUGGUAUGCCUGGUGCUCGUGGUGCUACUGGUAACGCUGGACCUCGUGGACCCCCUGGAGAUGCUGGUCGUGUUGGUGAGAAUGGCCCAGCUGGUCUCAGAGGUCUCCCAGGAAGCCCUGGAAGUUCCGGACCCCCAGGAAAAGAGGGACCUUCUGGUCCUGCUGGACAAGAUGGCCGCUCUGGACCACCUGGCCCAACUGGCCCAAGAGGCCAGCCUGGAAACAUUGGUUUCCCUGGACCCAAAGGACCUUCUGGCGAGCCUGGUAAGCCCGGAGAGAAAGGAAACGCUGGUCCUACUGGACUGAGAGGACCCCCUGGACCUGAUGGCAACAAUGGAGCCACUGGCCCCAUGGGCGCUGCUGGUGGUCCUGGUGAGAAGGGUGAACAGGGACCAGCUGGAGCUCCUGGUUUCCAGGGUCUACCUGGACCUGCCGGAAUUGUUGGUGAGGCUGGCAAGCCUGGAGACAGAGGAAUCCCUGGAGAGCAGGGAGCUUCUGGACCUGCCGGUGUCAAGGGAGAGCGUGGUAAUCCAGGUGUUGCUGGAGCAGCUGGCCCUCAGGGAGUCAUGGGAGCACGUGGACCUGCUGGAGCUGCUGGACCUGAUGGUGGCAAGGGAGAGCCUGGUGCUGCUGGAGCUGCUGGUGCUCCUGGACAUCAGGGACCUGCUGGUAUGCCCGGAGAGCGUGGAGCUGCUGGUACUCCAGGACCCAAGGGAGAGAAGGGAGAGACUGGACACCGUGGCCCUGAUGGAAAUUCAGGAAGAGAUGGCGCUCGUGGCCCUGCUGGACCUCCCGGACCCCCUGGACCCACUGGAGCAAAUGGAGAUAAGGGUGAGAGCGGUUCCUUUGGACCUGCUGGCCCUGCCGGAGCUCGUGGACCCUCUGGAGAGCGUGGAGAGGUUGGACCUGCUGGACCCCCUGGAUUUGCUGGACCCCCUGGUAAUGACGGUCAGACUGGAGCAAGAGGAGAGCGUGGACCUGCUGGAGGAAAGGGAGAGACUGGCCCCGCUGGACCUGCUGGCCCUGCUGGGCAGUCUGGACCUGCUGGUCCCUCUGGUCCUGCUGGACCUGCUGGUGCUCGUGGAGAGACGGGUCCUGCUGGUAUGACUGGUCAGCCUGGUGCUGCUGGUAGAGUCGGUGCUCCUGGCCCUGCUGGUAUUGUUGGACCUCCUGGCUUCUCUGGUCCCGCUGGCAAAGAUGGACCCCGUGGUCUCCGUGGUGAUCCUGGUCCCUCUGGUCCUUCUGGAGAGCAGGGAAUUGUUGGACCACCUGGCCCAGCUGGAGAGAAGGGACCCUCUGGAGAGUCUGGCCCUGCUGGACCUCCUGGUGCUCCUGGAACCACUGGACCUCUUGGACUUCAAGGAUUUGUUGGUCUGCCUGGUGCUAGAGGAGAUCGUGGUGCACCUGGUGGUCCUGGUGCCUUGGGAGAGCCUGGUAGAGUUGGACCUCCUGGCCCAGCUGGAGCCCGUGGCCCCUCUGGCAACAUGGGCAUGGCUGGUAUGACUGGACCUCAGGGAGAGGCUGGACGUGAGGGUAGCCCUGGUAACGACGGACCCCCUGGCCGUGCUGGUGCCCCUGGAUUCAAGGGAGACCGUGGUGAGCCUGGGUCUCCUGGUGCCCUGGGACUUGCUGGUGCCCCCGGACCUGCUGGACCCAGUGGAGCUGCUGGAAGACCUGGAAACCGUGGAGAGGCUGGCCCAUCAGGACCUUCUGGAAUUGCUGGCCCUGCUGGAGCUAGAGGCGCCCCUGGACCUGCUGGACCCCGUGGUGAGAAGGGAGUUGCUGGAGAAAGAGGCGAGAGAGGCAUGAAGGGUCUGCGAGGACACCCUGGUCUCCAGGGAAUGCCUGGACCUUCUGGACCUUCUGGUGACACUGGAUCUGCUGGACCAGUUGGACACAGUGGACCCAGAGGACCUGCUGGACCUAACGGACCCCCUGGUAAGGAUGGUAGAUCUGGCGGCCAUGGUUCUAUGGGUGCUCCUGGUGCUCGUGGACCUCCAGGAUAUUCUGGACCAGUGGGUCCUGCUGGACCUCCCGGUCUGCCCGGACCUCCUGGCCCAUCUGGUGGUGGAUAUGAUGUCUCUGGAUACGAUGAGUACAGAGCCGAUCAGCCUGCCCUGAGAGCCAAGGACUAUGAAGUGGAUGCCACCAUCAAGUCCCUCAACACUCAGAUCGACAACCUGCUGACACCCGAGGGAUCCAGGAAAAAUCCUGCCCGCACCUGUCGUGACAUCAGACUCAGCCACCCCGAAUGGAGCAGUGGAUUCUACUGGAUUGACCCUAACCAGGGCUCCAUCAACGAUGCCAUCAAGGUUUUCUGUGACUUUACAACUCGCGAGACCUGCAUCUACGCCCAUCCCGAGAGCAUUGCACGCAAGAACUGGUACAGAAGCACAGAGACCAGGAAGCACGUCUGGUUCGGAGAGACCAUCAACGGUGGCACGGAGUUCACCUACAACGACGAGACCCUCAGCUCACAGAGCAUGGCUACCCAGCUGGCUUUCAUGCGCCUGCUGUCCAACCAGGCCAGCCAGAACAUCACCUACCACUGCAAGAACAGCGUUGCCUACAUGGAUGGUGAGAGCGGCAACCUGAAGAAGGCUGUGGUACUCCAGGGCUCCAACGACGUGGAGCUCAGAGCUGAGGGCAACAGCCGCUUCACCUUCUCCGUGCUGGAGGAUGGUUGCACUACACACACUGGUGAAUGGAGCAAGACAGUGAUUGAGUACAGAACAAAUAAACCAACUCGCCUGCCAAUCCUCGACAUUGCACCUUUGGACAUUGGUGGAGCUGAUCAGGAGUUUGGUUUGGACAUUGGCCCAGUCUGUUUCAAAUAAAUAGACUCAUGAUAAAUUAACACCACAAAAAAGAGAGAAUGAAUCAAAAGAAAAACCCCAAAUCUCUGCCCUUCCUUUGUGUUUUUUUUUUCCGUACUGAAUGCUGAUUCUCUCUGCGCAUCCACUUGCUUAAGAUGGGCAACUAUCAGGAAGGACUAAAUGGACUGAACAGAGAUUUUUGUGCAAUGCAAAUUAAUACAGCCACCCAAAGGGACGCGGGAAAACACCUUGUUGUGGAACAUCAUGGCAUCUUUUUGUAAAAAAAAAUGAAAGAAGUGUAAUAAAAAAGCUGAAAGUACGCAUCACUUUGUGGUCUUUGUAUAUCUUCCAAAGAGGAGGUUUAAAACCACAACUCCCAAGAACAAAAGGUUUGAACUACCUCAUGCCUGUGCUCAAAGAAAAUACUAUUGACAAAACCUGAGUCCACAACCAAGAUUUUAAGACUUGUAAUGCUUCAAGUUUUGUCCUGUUUGGAAGGUGCUUGGUAACUUGAAGCAGAGAUCUAUGGUGCUAAAACGCAGCUGUGGAGUAAACCACUUUUACUGUGUUACUUUGUAUUGACCAAUGAGGAGCCUUGCAUUUAUCCUGCUGAUAUUUUCCUAUUUAAGCAGGUGGAAUGUUUGAAAUCUGUUGUCUGGUUUUUGUUUUGUUCCCAUUUUUAGGCUUUUUUUUUUUUUUUUUACUUUUCCGGUCUCCUCCCUCUCAGUGUUCGUCUGACAGCUCAUUUUUCCAUCCAGUUCCAAACAGUUUUAGGCUUCCUUUCUCUCUCAAACAAUGCCACCACAAAGUCUAUUGUACCUAUUUUGUAUAUGUGAGAUGUUUAAAUAAAUUGUGAAAAGUUCUGAAAUAAAGCAUGUCCAGUGUUCCGAAACCCACCACCCAGGCAGUGACUUUUAUGUUUUAUUGACAUUGUUGAAAGUGUGUCACUGUACUUACUUUUAUUUGCUUUGGCUGGUGUUUCAUCAGCAUUGACUUAAACAUCUUCCUAUUGUGGAAGCACAACCAUUUCAUGACACGGCCCCUCCUCCUCCCUUCAUUUUGCCCUUCAGAAACGCAUCAAAUUUUGAUGUAUCGUAAAACUUUCUGUUCACGCUCUCCAUGUCAAUGUGUUACUACAGUGCAUUGUUUCCUGUAAAUAUGCAUCUACACAUGUUGCUUUUUCUUGCACAAAACAGCUUUUGCAUCCAAAUAAACUUGGGUUUGGAUCAAG